CCUUUGGGUGCAGAUAAUAUGAAUAAGACAUAACCACUUGCUUCAUGCUGGUGAAUAAUUCGAUUUUAAAAAGAAUAUAUUGGACAAAAUACCUAAUUCCAAUAUUAUGUAGUCCAUGAAAUUUGGGUAAAACUAAGAGAAUGUUUUCAUAGUACUGUACCAGCAGUAAGACUGGUGAGAUUUCCAUUAACUGCGUUAGACGCUGCAGUUUGAACGUUGUAAGCAUUUUCUCCACAGUGUGCCAGGCUGUAUAUGUUAACAUACAGUAUAUUAAAGCAGUCUGGUAAAAAUGCUCAUCCGUGUCACCGGUAAUCAGUUCUAUCUAUUUAUUGAUGUGUUUGGACCCCAGUGACUGUGUGUUUGGUCUAUCACAUGUGAGAGAGAGAGAUAAGAAGCAGGCGGAUGCGUGGUAACAUCCCACAACAAGCAAACUAAAGCAAAAGCAGAAGUGAGUGCUGGUAGUGUGGUCAUGACUCAUUUCUUCAUUAUUUCGAGUAAAUGCACUAAUUUUCUCACUCCCUCUCCCCUCGCUCUAUCUGUAUACACCCAACUUCUCAUCUCAUCGACAGACUUCUGGAUGUUGUGAAUACACACAGGAACGUUUCCCGAGGCAGAGUCGGAAAAACAAGGGGCCCCCCGCCCUGUCUGUCCACAGGAAUGAUGCCUCUUUUUUGGGUUGUGCUUUGGUCCAUGCUCCCUCCUCUGGCUUUCUCCUGUGGUCCAGACUGUUGUAUCGUCCACGAGGGCAGCGAGUUGCAGAAAACGUCUCCGUUGCUGAAAUCCUUACAGUGCCACAACGACUACAAGUCUCAUGUCCACUGCAAGUGGAGGGAACGCGCAAACGAAACACUGCAGCUCUGGUUCAAGGAAGGAAAGAACAGGAAGCAGUGCACGCCUUACAGUGCUGAAGUACAGGAUGCAAGCGAGCCCAGGACUGUCCAGUGUAGAUAUGAAACCCGUGUAUUUUCCAUUGGCAUCGUACACACCGUCUUCUUCCUCAAGAACAAAACGCUGACCUUCUGCUCAUCUGUCCCACACAAGCUCCUGGAUCUGUCCGAGUACUUGAGAGCCCGCCCACCGGUGAAUCUGUCCACACGGGGUGCAGGCGAUGGAGGCAGACGGCUCAGUUGGUCCAGCCCUUACCCCUCCUCCUCCUCCCUGAACAAGCACAUCACCUAUCAGCUCAGCUACAGGACAGACAGACAGGACAACUGGACGACUGAGGACGUCACAAACACCAGUGUGAAACUAGAGGAGCGACUGUUGCUCCCGGGCUGCAGGUAUGAGGCCAGGGUGAGGGCCCGGGUCAGCGUGGGUCAGUGGAGCGACUGGAGUCCUGUGGUGACCUGGCGCACUGAAGACACUGGGCAGUUUCCCAGUUUGCAUUGCGUGCUGGAUGGAGAGAAGGCAGUGAUGUGUAGCUGGGAGGUGAGCAGAGAGGUGGAUCACUUCAUCACCUACCAGCUGGAAUGUCGACACAACCAGACUGCGCCGUCCAAGAGAUGCUGUGUGAACCCAACGGUCAGCUCUGACCUCGGCAGGGCUGUGCUGAGGUACAGCUGCCCACUGACUGUCGCAGACCCCGCACAUCUGCUCGUGGAGCUCAUUCCAGCACGCACAGCCAAGAGCUUUGAGGUCGACAAACACAUUCGUCCCAGCCCACCGCGGCAGGUGAAGGUGAGGCAGAAAGACACCAACUGGAUGGUGGAAUGGAUAAAUCCAAGCACAGCUUCAAAACCCAGACUGUAUUAUCAGGUGUGCUAUUACAGGAAGCAGGAUCAGGGAUCGUGUGUCCUGCAGAACAUUUCAGAGGGGUCCACAUCCCUGAGCAUCCUGGGAGCCUCUCUAGCCCCGUCCCAGGACUACCAAGUCAAGGUCAGGUCGCUGGUCGUCCCCAAGCACUAUGAAGGAAUCCCCUCUGAAUGGACCGAUCCUAAGGACUGGACCUCGCAAGAGGCCAUCUGGUCCCCAACAAUGCUGAUCUAUUUCACCAUCGGUGUGUUUGUGGCCGCUGUCUUCCUCACACUCUACUGCACCAUUCCAGCUUGUCAAAGAAGGGCAAUUCUGUGGGUGGACUCAGUCCCUUCUCCAGGCAAAAGCAAAAUCCUGUCCGAGAUCAAGUCUUCCACCAAUUGGACCCUUAUGCAGAGUGAGAGCAUGACCAUCUGCAAAGUGAUGCGUUUGGACAGCGUGUCGACAUGCUCCUCCGCAGACGCUUUGCUGUGGCCAACCAAGGACACGGAACAAAAGCGUCUGGUGCGUCUGGAGCAGGACGAGGGCUGCUGGAAGUGUGAUAAACUGUCCCCCCCUGCUGAGAAGGAUAAACACUGUGACACAUCCUCCAUGAGCUUCAGCGGUCCCUACAUCUUCUGUCAGUCGUCAGUGGCAAGCUGCAAGUCAGCGGAUGUUAAGUGUGAAGAGAAAGAGAAGGACCAAGAAACCCCAUCAGACGACUCUCCAUCUCCUUCGCCGGUGAAUUUCGCCCUUUACGGGGAAGGUUAUGUGCGUCUGCCCGGCCGCAGCGUCUCCAGGUCCACACAAGAUCUUGUAUCUCACAGCGGCGCCGACGCGAACACACACAGGCUCGACAGCGCAGCGCAGGACCAACAGUGUCCAGACGAAACGGACGUGCAGCCGGGCCCCAACGAGGACGCUAGCAGCCAUCAGCCUCCAGCCUACACCUCAGAACCCUUCACCCCCUGGCCUCAGGGGGGCACCGCACUGGCCUCAGGGUACUGCCACCUCCCCGCUGCUUUCAUGAGAGCAGCAAAGUGAACUGAAGCAGGACAUAUGAGGCUUUCUCAUCAGAUAUAACAAGUAAUCAAUCUGUGAUUUCUUGUUUUUUUAUCAGCUUUCCACUUUAUUUUAAGCUACAUAUGCUUCCAUGUGAACAAAUGCAUUUGCUGAAUUUGAUUUUAUACGUUAGAAAUGAACCAUUUUGAUGGUUAUAUCUGACCAAACAUCAGGCUGGAUGGCUGACCAAUGGAGGGCAGUAGUGAGCUGAGCCUUUUGAGUCUAUGGGAUGGACUUCAGUAAGUCUUUUUUUUUUGGAAACUUCCUCACACAUUCCAGGUCAGAAUGAAAUAACAGAAGCACCUUACACUCUGAUAUAGUACAAUACAACCGCCCCCCCCCUUAAAAUAAAUACCUUUGUGAAGUUCAGACGGUUUCAUUUCCUGGUCAGAGAGAUUCAUCAUAAUAAUCACUUCCUUCCUUGUAUAUUUUUCCCAGACAUGUAAAUAUGUUACUCACAGAAUGUAUGGACAUGUCUAACACACAGAUUCUUAAGAGCUGUGUUGAAAUGUAGCCCAUUUUUAUUCCUUCCCUGAAUUCCCCGUCUCUCUCUCUCACAGCUGAGAUGGAAGACGCAGAAUUAUGUCAACUGCAUUUCAUGGGAAAAGUGUGAAAGUUCGCUGACAGCCAUGUUCGCUGCGGUCAUGUAUGCACGUUUGCACAAAGGUGUGUGAGUUAGGACCUUGUUGUCAAUACUGUAGCCAAUGUGUUGCUGAAUGUAUAUAUACAGUAUGUUAUAUAGACGCCGAUGUGCUGCCAUGUUGUGUGGCACCAGCAAUGUCGCUGUGUGCAAGUCUUUAGUUGUCGACUGGGGCCUACAGAGACAUUAAAUUAAAUGACAAUGUACAUAGAAAAUGUUCAGUGUCAAUACAUGAGACUUGCCAUCUUCUUCAGGUAUGUCACUUACAGUACAGGCUCUAUAACUGCUGAUAAAAUAAUGUAAGUUAGCAAUGUCUGCUGCACUUUUCUAUUGUGCUCAUAACUUAAACUAUUUAAGAAAGCCUUCUCACCACAAACACCCAGACAUAAACAAGGUGUUUAAAGUUUUCAGGCUGGCUGGCAAACUGCGUUGGCCUCUUAGUUGCCAGUUUAUAAUGUAAAACAAGCUAAAACUGAUGCAGUCUGAUGGAACUGUCCUGCAAUAAAUCCUGCCGCCACAAAGGCUGUAAUGUUCAGUUUUUGUUGAAACUGUUUCAGAGAGAACUUGAAGUGUAUUGUGAUCAGUGGUUUUCAAACUGUGUCUGUCAUCCUCAUCUUUUAAAAUAUCAAUCCCUCUUCUAUUAUAAUAAAAUGUCUCUUUGAAAAAGAAA